AUGGACUGCAACGUGAUUCUGUUUCCCAGCUCCAGAGUCAUCCCUCCACCGCUGCCCUUCCGCCUGCCUUACACUAAGGCGGUUUUCUGCCGUCCUAGCCAGCGCCCGGAGCCCCAGCCCACCGCCGAGCCUGAGCAACCUGCGGCACCGCGCGCCAGGGUGGCACGCACGCUCACCCGCCAGCCCGCCCACACGGCGUGCUCUCCCACCACCUCCCUCACGCCACAGCCCCCUCAGGGUCACCGCCUGCCCUCUGCCUCUCCCGCCAGACCCCAGGCUCGGCCCCAUCUACCCGCCACUGUCCCCCUGCAGCCCCGGGCCAUCCCUCACAUGCCCUGCCCUGCCCUGGCGUUCACCAGUGCGGGCCUGCCUCCAGCUCCGCAGACCCACCCCUGCCACCCGCCCACCCCGACCGCAGACCUGUCCCAGCCUCACACGGGUGCCUGGCACGGCGUCGCCACCGCCUCCAUGCUUCUGCAGAGGCCCUGCUCGAGUGGCCGGCCCAUCUUUCGGCCAGGUCCCCGCGAGUCCCAUGCCUCCCCCUUCCCGCCGGCCCUCCACGCAGACGCCACGCCCAAGCACCCCUGGGCCUGCCUCCCCGCACCCUGCUCGCUGCCGCCCCCUCUCCCUGCGAUGGCUCUGCCCCGGUCCCUGAUCCUCGUGGGGCACCCACCAGCCAUGGCCCCAGGCAGCUUCGUCCCGCACUCUCACCCACGCACGCUGACGCCCACGGCCCCGGCAGGGGCGUCGAGGAAACCUCCUGCGGCGAUGGCUAGCACGCGUCAGGCCACAGGUUCUCCUUUUGCCCAGGGGACUCAGCUUUGUCCCGUCGCCCCCGAGCGUGCCGCCCUCGCCGCAGGAUGGUGCCCUUCGUCGGCCGUCCACUCCCCCACCCCACCCCCCAAAGGACACAGUCCUUCAACAGUCGUGAAACCCUUUGGGGUUACAGACGGGCUCAAGAUUGGGCUAAGGGGAGAUUUCACCAGCGGCGCACGGGAGUCACAGCCAGCCCGGGACCUGGCACUCAAUGGCCCAGCCGCCCAGAGAGGUGGCUGGCACGCGGGGCAUGGGGAGGCAGGCGUGUCCGUGGCCACUGGCCCCACUCCCAGAGGCAGAUCCCCCUCGCUCGUCUUCGGCUGUGGCCACCGCCGCGGCCGCUGCCGGCCCGCGCUGGCGACCACCACAGCCCACGCCCCGACCCCUACCCCCACCCGCCCUGUCCGACCCCACCUCCUCCCCACCACCACUGACAGCAGGAGAACCAGCACAAGCCCAGGAGCAUGGCGGCCGCCACCAGGGGCAGCAGCCGCCGCCCCUCAGGAGGGAGGGGGCGGGGGCUGGGGCUGGGAGGCCUCAGGCGGGUCGUGGUGGAAGCGGCGCGAGGUGGCCACUGCGGCCAAAAGGUUUGCCCCGGGGCACGGCGGGGCUGGCCUGAAUCGUGCUUGGGCUGGAGGUGCAGGGUCCCGGGGCCUCUGUGGCAGCGCUGAGCAAGCCGCCUCCGGGCCGCCCGCCCGCCCGCCCGCCCGCGCCACCGUGGUGCCCACACUCGGCCUUGGCAAGGCAAGUCCAGCCGCCCGCCGGCCCUCCUCAAAACACUGCGCGCGCCACCGGCUUCUCGCACACACGCCAAAAGCCGCGCGCCAGCUGCCUGGCUCCCUGCUCCCAGCUCUCUCUGCCCCGAACGCCCCAGCCGGGAGGGCGGCGGAGCUCAGCAAAAGCCGCCGCCGCAUCCCUGCCCCGACGCCCCGUCAGCGGGAGGCUCUGCGCCGCCGCCGGCGCCACCAGCAGCCCACCAGCAACCCCAUCCGCGCCAGCUCUACGCAGCGGCCGGGGUCCACCGGCCCCACCGCCCCGGGGCGGCGCUCCCGCGGCCUUGCGGCCCCCCGGCCGUUCGCUCCCCGCCGCGGCCCGCGAACGCCUCCGCCCUCACCCCCGGGGGGCAACGCGGGGCACGCGGCUUCCAGCAGCCAGCUGGCCAAAGCCCUUCUCCACCGUGCGCUGGGCGAGGCCACUUCCCACGACGACAGGGGGACACGGGAGCCAGCCGCCUGCAGGCGUCACGGCGCUCUGCCGCGCCGCGGGGGCGUCGCGAGCCUAGGAGCCCACUGA